AUGAAUAAAAUAGGUGGGAGUACUGUGAAUAAAAUGGACAGAAAGGCCAUUGAAAAGAACAGAAGAAUUGUCAUGAAAGAUCUGUGUUUUAAGCUUAACUCUCUCAUCCCUCCUCAGCACAUGAAACCAGCAAAGGAAGUUUUAUCGCAACAAGAUCUGUUCGACCAGGCUGCAAGUUACAUUAAGCAACUUAAAGAAGGAAUAGAGGAAUUAAAGAGUAGAAAGAGGCUCCUAGAUUUGAGCACUGCAGAUGAAGCAAACAAUAGUAUCAGAGAUUCAGUAAUGUAUGGAGUAAAAUUGCCAUUUUUGAGAUUUAGAGACUUCGGUUGUAGCUUUGAAGUUGUUUUGAUAAGUGGGAACACGAAGAAGUUCAUGUUACAUGAAGUUAUUAGAAUACUCGAAGGAGGAGGAGCAGAAGUUGUCACUGCUAAUCUUUCUAAUAUUGGAGUCAACGUUUUCCUCACGCUUCACGCUAAGGUUAAAUUUAGCAGAGUUGGUGUGGAUACCUCUGGGGUAUUUCAGAGGUUACAAGCAUUGGUUUCUUCAAGUAAUAUUCCAUAG